UGUGGGAAUUCAGUCUGGCAAUCACCAGCCUUAAGUGACUGGGGCCUUGCCAGGGUGGGGCAGCUCAUACCUGGAGUAGCUGCAAUAGGACCAGCAUUAGAGAGCCAGACUCCAGCUGUCACCAUGGCUGAGUUCAGGGUGAGGGUGUCCACUGGAGAGGCCUUUGGGGCUGGCACGUGGGACAAAGUGUCUGUCAGCAUCGUGGGGACCCGAGGAGCGACGCCCCCUCUGCCCCUGGACAGUCUGGGCAAGGAGUUCACGGCCGGCGCUGAGGAGGACUUCAAGGUGACGGCCCCCCAGGACGUGGGCCCUGUGCUGCUGCUGCGUGUGCACAAGGCGCCCCCGGACCUGCUCCGGCCCUUGGUCUCCGACGCCUGGUUCUGCCGCUGGUUGCAGCUCACGCCGCCCCAGGGCGCCCCCCUCCGCUUCCCCUGCUACCAGUGGCUGGAGGGCGCAGGGACCGUGCUGCUGCAAGAGGGGACAGCGAAGAUUUCCUGGAAAGACCAGCACCCUACACUCCAGAAACAGCGCCAGGACGAGCUGCGGGCCAAGCAAGAGGCGCACCGCUGGAAGACUUACCUCCCGGGCUGGCCUCGCUGCCUGGACGAGGAGACGGUGAAAACCCUGAACCUCAACAUCAAAUACUCUGUGGCCAAGAACACCACCUUCUACCUGCGAGGCAGCUCUGCGGCGGUGGAGCUGAAACUCAAGGGGCUGCUGGGUCGCAAGGGGCUCUGGCGGAGCCUGAAGGAGAUGAGAAGGGUCUUCAGCUUCCGGAAGACGCCAGCCGUUGAGUACGUGUUCCAGCACUGGCAGGAGGACGCCUUCUUUGGCUACCAGUUCCUGAAUGGCCUCAACCCGGUCCUGAUCCGCCGCUGUCGCUACCUCCCAGAGAACUUCCCUGUCACGGAUGCCAUGGUGGCCCCUGUGUUGGGCCCCGGGACCAGUCUGCAGGCUGAGCUGGAGAAGGGGUCCAUCUUCCUGGUGGAUCACGGCAUCCUCUCUGGCGUCCGCACCAAUGUCGUGAAUGGGAAGCCUCAGUUCUCCGCGGCCCCAAUGACCCUGCUGUACCAGAGCCCGGGGAGUGGGCCCCUGCUGCCACUUGCCAUCCAGCUCAGCCAGACCCCCGGGCCUGACAGCCCCAUCUUCCUGCCCAGCGACGACAAGUGGGACUGGCUGCUGGCCAAGACGUGGGUGCGAAAUGCCGAGUUCUCCGUCCACGAGGCCCUCACGCACCUGUUACACGGGCAUCUGGUGGCGGAGGUCUUCAGCCUGGCUACGCUGCGCCAGCUGCCCCACUGCCACCCGCUCUUCAAGCUGCUGAUCCCACACACACGGUACACGCUACACAUCAACACGCUGGCCCGCGAGCUGCUCAUCAGCCCUGGGCAGGUGGUGGACAGAUCCACAGGCCUUGGCAUUGGAGGCUUCUCUGAGCUGAUACAGAGGAACAUGGAACAGCUGAACUAUUCCACCCUGUGUCUGCCCGAGGAUAUCCGGGCCCGAGGCGUUGAAGACAUCCCAGGCUACCACUACCGGGAUGAUGGCCUGAAGAUCUGGGGUGCAGUGGAGCGCUUCGUCUCCGAAAUAAUCGGCAUCUACUACCCGAGCGAUGAGUCCGUCCGCGAUGACAGUGAACUCCAGGCCUGGGUGUGGGAGAUCUUCUCCGAGGGCUUCCUAGGCCGGGAGAGCUCAGGUAUACCCUCCUCCCUGGGGACAAGGGAAGCCCUGAUACAGUAUGUCACCAUGGUGAUAUUCACCUGCUCCGCCAAGCAUUCUUCUGUCAGCGCAGGGCAGUUUGACUUAGGUGCCUGGCUGCCCAACCUGCCGCCCACCAUGCAGCUGCCACCGCCCACCUCCAAAGGCCAGGCAAAGCCAGAGGGGUUCAUAGCCACCCUCUCACCAGUCAAUGCCACCUGUGAUGUCGUCAUUACCCUCUGGGUGCUGAGCAAGGAGCCUGGAGACCGACGGCCCCUGGGCACCUACCCAGACGAGCACUUUAUAGAAGACGCCCCGCGCCAGAGCAUCGCCGCCUUCCAGGACCGCCUGGCCCAGAUCUCACGAGACAUCCGCGAGCGGAACCAGGGACUCGCGCUGCCCUACACCUACCUGGACCCUCCCGUCAUCGAGAACAGCGUCUCCAUCUAGGCCCCCUGGAGAACAGGGCUCCACGUGGCAUCCCUUUGACUCCAUCGUCUGAGUAACUGCCACCCAGAGAAAAGGACUCCCCAGAAAACCAGGCCUCCAUCCCUGCCUCUCUAGGCCUGGUGCACCCCGCCCUCCCCACAUACAACAAAACAGAAACGACAAAUCAGAAAGAAAAACAAAAACAAAAAAACAGAACCUCAUGGAAUGGCACCGCUAUGCCUUUUGAAGACUCCAAGACCCAAAGUGCCUGCACUCCCACAGCCCCCUGGAAGGGUACCCUGGGGGGGACACGGUCCGCCCCUGACCCCUCUGACCAUAGCCGAUGGGACCUAACCGUCACCUGACUCAAGGGCAGGCCUCCUGCAGACUGUCCCCAACACGAGGAGUGGCUGGCCUGAAAACUGCCCAACAGCUUGAUGGUGACCUUGGGUCCCAGCUUUAAAAUGAAUAACCCGCUGACAAAGUGCCAGCCGAAGCAGAGGGGGAGGAGGACACACUGCCCAGAUCCUGCAGGCAGUGCCCACACAUGCUUUCUAAAGUAUGUGUCCCAGAGUUGGAUGAAAGCUUUGCUUAUUAUAAAACCUAUAAAACCAAUCAUUUCCAGA